UACAGUAGCUGUUUGCUAGAUGCUUAUGAAAAACAGCCGCUGAAUAGUUACGUCUGUAAGAAACUUCCAUAAUCCCGAUGUAUACUGUUUCAUGCGCAGACCUAAAUCAGGAGAAGCAUGGUCGCUACAUUUUAGGUCCUUUUACAUCUUAUAUUACGUAAAAGUCUUACCUUUUAUAUUACAACAAGCCUGUUCUAAUAAACUCAUCUAUAUAUUCUACUGUUUGUUUUUACUCUCGGUCCCAGUUUUGUCCCAAGAGUCUCUUUUUUCUGUCUCCCCCUCCUCCAUAACAGCGGCCCCGGGGUGGAGUUUGCUUUGCACCCUGCCAUUCACCGUACUACUCGCUCAGGAAGUGAGUGCUCAUUCACAGGAGUCCCACGUGUGUGCGCUGCUAUGGAGUUUGAGGAGCUGGGUAUCCGUGAAGAGUGUGGGGUGUUUGGCUGCAUUGCAUCAGACAAGUGGCCCACACAGCUGGAUGUGCCCCAUGUCAUCACGCUGGGGCUGGUGGGAUUGCAGCACAGGGGACAGGAGAGUGCUGGCAUUGUAACAAGUGAUGGAGGUCCUGUACCCACAUAUAGGAAGCAUAAGGGGAUGGGGCUUGUUAGCCAUGUGUUCAGCGAAGAGAGCUUGAGUAAACUGAAUGCCAGUAAUCUGGGAAUUGGACACACUCGUUAUUCAACCACUGGGAAUUCAGAACUGGAAAACUGCCAGCCAUUUGUGGUGGACACGCUACAUGGCAAGAUAGCAGUGGCGCAUAACGGGGAACUGGUAAAUGCCGCCAAGCUCAGGCGAAAGUUAAUGCGCCAUGGCUUAGGGCUCUCAACCAGUUCUGAUAGCGAGUUAAUAACACAACUACUGGCAUUCACUCCUCCGCUGGAAAAAGAUAAUGCACCAGACUGGAUAGCACGAAUAAAAAAUAUAAUGAAUGCCACUCCUACAUCUUACUCCCUGCUUGUCAUGCACCAUGACGUCAUCUAUGCUGUACGUGACCCCUAUGGCAAUCGGCCCCUGUGCAUUGGACGGCUCAUUCCGGUGAAUGCUGAAGACAAAGGAAAAGAGACAGAAGGCUGGGUAGUUUCAUCGGAAUCCUGCAACUUUCUAUCAAUUGGUGCUAAAUAUUACCGGGAAGUCCUGCCAGGAGAAAUAGUGAAAAUCUCCCAGGAUGGUAUACAGACCUUAGACAUUGUGCCCAGACCUGCAGGAGACCCCUCAGCAUUUUGCAUAUUUGAAUAUGUUUAUUUUGCACGUCCGGAUUCUAUUUUUGAAGGUCAGAUGGUUUAUUCAGUGAGACGACGAUGUGGUCAGCAGCUGGCUGUGGAAGCUCCAGUGGAUGCUGACUUGGUUAGCACAGUGCCUGAAUCUGCAACACCAGCUGCCUUGGGAUAUGCAGAGAAGUGUGGCAUGCAGUAUGUUGAAGUGCUCUGCAAGAACAGAUAUGUUGGGAGAACAUUUAUUCAGCCAAACAUGAGGUUACGGCAGCUUGGAGUGGCCAAAAAGUUUGGAGUGUUGUCAGAUAACUUUACUGGGAAAAGAGUAGUGCUGAUUGAUGAUUCCAUUGUAAGAGGAAACACCAUCUCCCCUAUAAUAAAGCUGCUAAAGGAUUCUGGAGCUAAGGAGGUUCACAUAAGAGUGGCUUCCCCACCUAUAAGGUACCCAUGUUACAUGGGCAUAAACAUCCCCACAAAAGAAGAAUUGGUUGCAAACCGGCCAGAAUUCAAAAACCUGGCAUCUUACCUAGGUGCUGACAGUGUUGUAUACCUUUCGGUAGAAGGACUCACGUCAGCCGUGCGAGAGGGAAUCAAAUCAUUGAAAGAAGAACAGAAUGGGCUUAAUGGCACAUCCGCAAGACCGUCAUCUAUUGGCCAUUGUACGGCGUGUCUGACAGGAGAUUAUCCUGUGGAGCUAGAGUGGUAACGCUCACAUACGCUGUGAAUUGGAAGUACAUAAAAUAUCUGCUUCCGUUGCAGAAUCUGGUGCCAUCUUACUUGAAGAGCAACACAGAGGUCCAGAAGGAUUUGCCUUGCACAGUUUCAGUACCCACAUAAGUCAAGAUUUUAUUUUUAUUCUUCAAGGAACAAUUUGAUGCCUAAAUACAAAACAGUCACACAAAAAAAUCAACUUUUUUUUCUUUACUCCUCUGUAACAUUUGCAAAGGUACAGACAAAAGUCUAAACAGAGGUGUCCAUCUUUUUGAAAUGAGGAGGAAUAUAUAUUUUUUUUUACUCAAGCCCAGUGAACAAUUUUUAGUUAUUCUGUUCUUUUAAACGCAAGCAUAGAUCAGAUUAGCAGUUCUUCUGAAAGUGCAAACUGCCGUGUCUUGGAACUGGAGCAAGAUCUAGUAUGAUAGAGCUUAGUCUAGUUUACUCUAAUGAAUGUAACAACAAUCUUAUUAUUGUUUAAUUAAUAUACACUAUAUUAUUACUUUUUAGACCAUCUGCUUAUAAUGUUCAUUUUUUUAUGGUGUUUUUCUGAAGCUUUUAAAUUCCUGUUCCUGACUAACAAAUACCUGCAGGCAGUAAAAUAAGCAUAAUUGUAGUACAUGUAUAUGGCUUUCGUUGCCACAUUAUUAAAGCCCAAGUGACUGUUAUGUUGCUGUACUAAAAACUUGUUUUUUUAGAUGCUGGCCAUCUUUAUACUGAUGCACUGCGUGUUAUAAUAAUGCUGAGCAUCUAUAUGCUGAUAAACUCUGCACUGAAUAGUGGUGUUAAGUCUAUGUUUACAGAUAAUCAACUUGUGUCACAUUAAGUUUCUCUAAGAUCUGAUUCUUCAUGCAAUGUGUAAAUGUUAAACAAAUGAUACUAGUUAAAAGCAAAUAUCAAAAAACAACAUGCAAAAAUGUUCAGUUUUGUAAUAAAUAUCUCCAUAUA